AUGUCGGUGGCCACAGAUGUUGGCGAAGAGGCCACGCUGGACCCGGCUGGCGUGAUGGGGUGUUUUGGCAACGAGGUCGAAGUGCACAGGAUUACCACAGAAGACGGCUACAUCCUGGAAGUAGACAGGCUACUUCCGAGAUCAUCAACGAGAGGCGCCAAAGCAAAGCGGGCGCCGUUAUUGCUUAUACACGGACUUCUCUCAAACGCCGUCGCCUGGGUGGCAAACUUACCCUCGCAAAGUCCAGGUACGCUUGUGAUUAUCCAUUCUAUAAGAACACGACUGGCCUCUUCAUCUUUACGAAACGUGAAAAAGAAGUGGAAAUCGAGCCCCUACUUCGACGAGAUUGGCAGGUACGAUCUUCCGGCUGUAGUCGAUUACAUCCUGAAUGCGACGAAGGCCGCUAAGCUGGGAAUCCUGGCGACUUCGCAGGGAACGUCCGCUACCCUGGUGUUUUUGUCGAUGAGGCCCGAGUACAACGACAAGAUCAAUAUCUUCGUCGCCUACGGUCCUGUGGCAAACCUAACGCACUUCACUUCUCCAGUGCGGCUUCUGUUUCCACUAGCGCAACAGCUUAUGGUAUUCAUGGCAAGGAACUUCGUUAGAUUUGACUACGGUUUGGCGCUGAACUUGAUCAAGUACGGACAGAUAAAGCCACCACCUUAUCCACUGGAACGCAUCCGAGUUCCUGUGGCAAUCUACUACGGGCUUGGCGAUAUUUUCGCCGAUCCUCGAGACGUCACAGACCUGAGCGUGCGGCUAAAGGACGUGCUGACCAGAAUUCCAGUCUACCUUGCCCAGCAACCAGCAGGCAUGUCGACUCAAAAUAUUAUCCACUAUGCGCAGAAUUACAGAGCCAAGAACUUCAAACGCUAUGACUACGGCUUUCUCAAAAACUCGGCGGUCUAUGGCCAGCACGUAUACCUAUCUCCGUAUGAUGACGAAGUUGUUCAGGUUUCUUCAUGCACCCAUGUCUUCCACGCGCUUUCAAUGUUGCUGGUCACGCCUCCGCCGUUUCCACUGGAAAACAUUCGCUCUCGGAUAGGUCUUUUCAGAGGACCGUCCGACAGGCUGGCCGACCCCGCAGACGUAGACGACCUCGUGAAGAGGAUAGGCCAGGUGGUUGCUCUCAACUACUACGUUCCGCAACAGACCUUCCAGCACUUGGACUUUGUUCUUGGCUCGUAUGCUACGGACAUUGUGCACAAUACAAUGAUUCAGUUCGUGUCCAACUAUUCUGGCACUUGAAAAUCACAUUGAUGCAAAUA